AUGGCCAUGGCUCGCCGAGCAGCGGAUGGAUCUCAACCAGGCGGGACGGAAGCAGGGGAUUCUCUUCACCUCCACUGCUUUCGGGGUGGUCAUCGUCGCACCCGUUUGAGUGUUUGUGAGCAGUUGCGGCCUGUGGUCAGAUUUGACAUGCUUGGAUGCUGCGCAGUUUGGAUGAUUGCACUGCUUCAGGCCUUCGACUGGGAAGAACUCGAGAAAGUCGAGGCGCUCAGCGAGGAGCCGAAAGAAAAAGACUCGGCGCUUCGCGGUGGCCUGCGGCUGGCGCGGCCAAACUGGAGCCAAAGCGAGCUUCUGGCCGCAGAGCGCAAGCUCGCUGGAGUUGGUAUCCGAAAUGCCAAAGCCUUGAGGGCUGCCCUGGAAGAGGCGGCGUCACUGGAAGUCCCGCGGAUAAACCACUUGCUUCAGCGAGCAGGAUUUCGAGCGUUCAGCGCUGACGCCGUCGCUGCAUUGAGACAAGUGUUUCUUGCUUCGUCUUCGGUGGUUGGCACAGAUGAUGUAAAGCCAGCAUCGCGAGCAUUGCCCACAGAGCCUGACGGAUCAGGCAGUUCCGAGGACGAGACCGGCUUCGAUGAGGCGCCGCAAGGGGAAUUCAGCGAUUGGGCCGUCGUGCACGAUCGCGUGGCGCUGCGAGCCGCUCCGAGCACUCAGGCCGAGGCAUUGGGAGUGCUGGUUCGUGGCCGUUUGGUUCGGGGUUGUCAUCGCGACAUUGCUGGCGAAUCGUGGAUUUGUAUGCGCUUAAACGAAGCAGUCGGUGGGUCAAUGGCCGAGCAUGCUCCGCGAGAGUGGCGCAUCUUAGUUCACCAGGUAGCGCUGUGCCGGAGCCAGGAUGACAGCACCAAGUACAAGGACAUUCCUCAGAGAGCUGGGCCGCUGAUCGGCUGGCGAGAGGGAGAGGGUACCUGGAUGCGCCUGGGCCACAAGUCUGGUUAUGUGCGCAUCGAAUGUGGAGGUGUCGCUCAGCUUCAAGAAUUGCCAGAGAGGAUGGCCUGGAUUCUCACAUCCGGCGACUCACUGGGGCUUGGUACCCUCCUGGCACCCUUGGAUGCUGCUGCAGAUGUGGAGCAGGGGACACAGAUCCGUCGUGUUCCCGGCCGCGGACUCUCCCUGUUCGCUACGAAAGACUUCGACCAGGGAGUGGCUGUGCUCGAGGACCGGCCUUUCUUCAGCCGCCCAAGCUUUGGGCAGCUCAAGAAGUACCAUAAACUGUUUUCGAAGACUUUCCAGAAGCAGUAUGAGAAGAUCAAGGCGCCUUUGAUGCUUCCGGGCAACUCCGGAACGCUUCAGAGCUUCGUCUUCGCCUCCCCUUCCAUGCUUCGCAGCGCCGUGGCAUUUGCAUCCUCGAGCCGUCUCGUCCAGCAGAUGAUCCUGGAGUUGCACCACCCGAGACUCGAUCUCGCACACCCUAUCGUGUCAAUUGCUGGAGAAGUUGCAGCCUUGUGCGCCCGCACUGUGCCCGAAUGUGCGGAGGUCGAAGCGGUGCUGCAGAGAGCGAUCCUAGCCAUCGAGAUGAACAUUUUUACAGGCGAGAGCUGUUUCCUCACCAUCAGCCGGCUGAACCACAGCUGCUUUCCGAACGUCGUUUUCGUCAGCGGGAAAAGGCAUUUCCGAUCACUGAAGCCAAUUCAGGCUGGGCAAGAGCUUCUUCACAGCUAUCUGGGCCGUGAGCUUCUCCUGCCCAUUGAACUUCGCCGCCGCCAUCUGUGGCGGUCAAAAUGCUUUGAGUGCGAUUGUGAGCGCUGUGCUGCAGAGGAUGAUCCACUUCGGGCAAUUGCCUGCAAGCGCUGCGCAGAGCAGCGACAGCGAUGGGAGGUUCUGCACUCGCCAGGGAUUUGGCUCCGAAGCUCCCCCAGCGUCGACUCUCUUCAGAGAUGCUUUCUGAAAACGGGCACGCGUUUGAAGGCGCUUCCUUUGCAGGACGAGGAGGGGGAGGAGGGCCCCCCCUCUGGCUGGAUCCUCGUGGAGGCCUGCCCAGAUCCGGGCUCUGACGUCAAGGACACCGGCUGGGUUCUCACCGAUGGCCGGAAUCUGGCACCUUCGAUCAACCGCAUGCUUUGCGUGCAGAUCUCUGAGGGUGGGCGACAGGCCAGUGAUGGUUUCGACGGAGCGGCAGUCGCAUGGAGUCCUGGAAGGGCUUUCUGGGACCUGGCAUCUCUCAUGUUACUGCCCGCAGAUGAGCAGAAUCCGGUGUCUCCAGAAGAGGAAGACGAGGAGGAUGCCGUGGCCCGGAACGCUCUCGACGGGAUGCCGCGAGGGCUGGAGCUUCCGACGGCAGCCUUCGAAGGCUCAGAUGUGCCGUUGGCCGCUUUCGACGGGAAGAGCUGGAGAUGCCCGAAGUGCGGACGGCCGCCGAAGAACGAGGAGGAGUUACAGUCUGUGGAGCCGCUGCUGGGAAGGCUCGCAGAGAAGACGUUCUUUUCUCCAUCUAUGACUCCGGCGCUCGGUUCCGUGCAGGGCGGACUGCGAGGGUCGGGGCAGACCCUAAAGAUGGUGAAGCGCAGCUUUGUGCGCCGUGCACUGGAGCUAGCGGCCACAGUGUCAUUGGUGCUGGGCCCGCAGCACUGGACAGUACACUGGGCUCGGCUGCUGGUGGUCGACCUUUACAUCUCACGAAUGAGUUAUGCCCCGCUGGGUGCCCGGCGGGUUGAAAUGGCUGCUGCACUCUUCUCUGGCCUGGAGGAGCUCUGGGAAUGGCUUACUUCCUUGCGGCUCGCACACAACCCGAGCUGCUUCCUAGUCACGCGGAUACUCGAGGCGCUGCGAUUGGCAGGGGCUGGCUCGGCUAUUCGCCUUCCUCCUGAGAUCCAGAGCAAAGCAAGGAGGUUACAGAGCCUCGUGGACAACUGUGAGAAGCAGGCUGAUUAUUGCUGA